AUGAGCACUCAGUUCAAUGCACUCUCAUUUAAUACCAAGUAUCACAGAGAGACAAAUGGACAAUUUCUGAGACCUCCCUACUUCACCCCGUCUCUGGUCACUAUGGCCAUAUCGGGGUCCCGGAUCAAGGAACCAAAGUCCUCUGAGCUUCCAAAGCACAAGAAUAGACUUCCCAGUGUACAAAUAAAGGCUAAGAUUUGGACCAGGAUAUUCGAGCAUACUUCAGUUUAUUUGAGACUGUGUUUCUCCCAUAUGAGAGCAGCACUAUCCAUAUGUGAAGAGUACCAUCCGUAUCUAAUCCCUUGCUGGCCUCGAAUAUCGGUCAUUCUCACUCCCUCUGUUUACGUCGAAGACCGGACGGCACUGAGUCAAUUCUCCAGUGUCAAGCGCAUGGUGCACUACAUGGAGCUACCCUAUCCCACAGUGAAAGACAUUGGGGUUAAUGUGGUUGGGAUGAGUAGGGGGAAUCGACACUGUUGGAAGUUAAUGUUGGUACAUGACGAUGAAUGGCAACUCUGGCAACGUGGCCACACUUCGAAGGAUCAAUGCAGCACCUCUGGAGUCCACCACAGUGCCAUUUACAAUAUCAAUGGCUUCCAGGCCUCAGCCUUCAGCCUUUCGUUAUCCGCUCAUACGGAAGCGAAUUGGGAAAUAAGUCAAGGGGUUUUCAGCGUUGUAGCGUCUUCACUAUCUCAUAAGAGACCCUUCCACCUUCGCGACAUGUGGGCCUCCACCCUAACACAACUGCAACAUGCUUUCCGACUCACACUAUUUUUCCAAGUGAGAAAUUAUUCAAUACCCUCCACGUCAUGUUACCCCUCUUCACUAUCCUUCCCGGAAUAUCUCAACAAAGCGUCUAUUAUCGGAUGCCUUGUGCUUAUCAACAUAGACACCCGCCAUGGCGGGACGACGCAUAUACUUUUUAGUGUGAUAAACUCCACAACCUUUCAAAAGUCUUUGGCUUGGACCGCCGGAGCUGCACUAAAAAGCUUGUUCAAAUCCACUGGCUCUAAAGUGACAGACGCGACAGAUUCAGCCACCAAACACUUGGCAGCGACUCACGCGCACAUAAUCCGCGUCUAA